AUGGGACAAGCUGCUUUCCUGGGGUUCUGCCUGCUCAGUUGCCUGGCCCUGCACCCCUCGCUGCAAGGGGUGCAGGCGAGCAAAUGUCCCCGGGGCUGGCUGGACUUCAGGGACCACUGCUACGGGUACUUCGGCCAGGAGCUCACCUGGAGGAAGGCAGAGGCUUGGUGCAGGGCCGCCCGCGGGGGGUGCCACCUGGCCUCGCUGCACACCCCCGAGGAGCACCGCGCCCUCGCCGCCUUCAUCGCCCAGCGCCAGCGCCGGGAGGAGGAGGAGGAGAACGUCUGGAUCGGCCUCUACCACCGGGGCCAGGCGUGGACGUGGGUGGACGGCUCCGAGCAGCACUACUCGGCCUGGGAGGGGGAUGAUUCCCCCGGGGGGCUGCGCUGCGCCUCGCUGGAGGAUUCCACGGGUUUCCUGUCCUGGGAGGACGAGUCCUGCGGCGAGAGGAAACCCUUCAUCUGCAAAUACGCAGCCUAGGAGGGGCCUGCGAGGCAGCCGCGCCCCCCCGACUGCGCCCUACACCCCACACACCGCGUCCCCCCGCGUCAAACCCCAACUCCGGCA